AUGGAACGGAAGAAUGUGACGAUUUCUUGUUUUUUAUUUACAGUUUACAGACUUCCGCAAUCUCGAAGCACAUAAAUUGUUUUGAUUUUUACUGUACAAAACUCCUAAUAAACACAUUUCCUAAAAAAGAAUUCAACUGUGAAAAAAAUUGCCCUAAUUUUCUUCUGCUCAAAUUUAUUUGUAUCAGAAUCAAAGGUAGAUUUUGUUUUGUGUUAAUAUCAUAUGUGUUAUUUUUAGUUCAGUUGCCUAGAUACCUUUAAAAAGUAACAAGAUGGCGGCCAUCUAAACCUUGUUUGGUUUUAUGGUGAACCCUACAGUAGUCCUAUACGCGCCAGUGUUAUUUAUUUAGUUGUUGCUGUUGUGCCAGUUUAUUUGGAUUUGUUUGUGUCAUCCAGACACUAGUCCUGUACAAAGAACAAGAUGCCGCCAAAGAAAAAGAAGGGAAGUGGAAAGGGGAAGAAGGGUAAAGGCAAAGGAAAAGGGGCAAAACAGCCCCCUCAAAAUCAAGCUGCUAAAGUCGACCCAGAGACAAAAGAAUUUUUCUUGAUUCAGAUCAAAGAUCUCGAAGAGAGAUUGGUCAGGUAUCAGAAGAAGUGCGAUGAACUGGAGGUGGCCAAUGCUCAGUUUCACGACAAGUAUGAUCAGAUGGCCACAGACAAGAGGGAGAUUGUUGCCUUCUGGAAGAAGCAAGUGGAACAAAAAACGGAUGAGAUUGCUGACCUGAACGACCGACACAUUGGCUUGCAACAAAUGCGGGAUAAUGAGAGAGAAGACUUCAAGAGACAGCUCCAGGAGCAGCGGUCAGAGUACCAGGACAUGAAGGAUCAUCUGACCUCGGACAAUAUGAUACUUGGUGGUAAGUUGGCAGCUCUUGAGGAGUUCAAAGUUCAGAAAGAAGACCUGAUGGCUAAGUUCGCCAUGAUGGAGGAGGAACUGGCAAAGAAAGACGCUGACCACAAAGAACAUUUGUACACGCUGGAGAAAAAGGCGGUCAUGGAUAAAGACAGGCUGAAAAAGGAGAUGAUCCUGCGUGUGAAUCAGGUGGCUGCCGAGUUCCGCAAAGUGAGCAACAAGCAGAUGGCGGAGACGACAAAGCGAACGAUCCGCGAGAACGUAUCCAUCAAUGCUCAGCUCGCCAAGAUGUCGGACAAAACCAUUGAACUGAUCCAGGAGAACGACGAGCUCAAGGAGAAAGAAAAGAAGAUGAAGCAACAGAUGGACAUGCUGGAGACCAAUGAGAAGGAACUGGCCAAAAAGAACCACAGCAACAUGAAGGUGAUACGGAUGAUGACAGAGAAAUGCCGUAACCAGGAGGCCAUGAUCACGGAGUUUGAGAUGAGGGAGCAGGAGUAUCAGGAGCUGGAGGCAGAAGCAGACAUUCUGAGACAACAGGUGUCUUCUACCAGAGAGGAGAUCCAGCAAAUGGCCAGGGAUAAUGAACUCCUGGAGGAAAAGUCACAGAGCUUGGGACAUGCCUACGAGAAGGAGGUUGCGGCCAGGGGCAAAGUGGAGGAAAUCUUCAAACAGGCCUCAGACUCCCUGCAGAGUGUUUUGACGAGCUCAGCACCAGACGAUGAGGACCUAGAUGAGGAGAGGAAGAUAGGUGAGCUGCAGAAGAGAGAACACAUGCUGGAAAAUCUUCUCGUCAUCCUCAACUCCGCGGCUGCACUCGGCCUGGCUCCCAAGCCUGGCGAGAUGGGCAAACAGUGGCCUCAGCAGAUGGAGGUGCAUGGAUCUAUUCCUGCCUCCAGAAAGGGACUACUUUCAGGAGACGUGCCACGCUCACCCAUGUUCCAAGGGGCUGGAUCUUUGCCUCACUACAGUCUGGGUGACCUUGGCCUCAUCCCAAGGCCACUGCAGAACAUCACAACCUCUGUGGACAAGAUGAAGGUCAUCAGCAAGAAUACCAAACUAGGCGCACUGCGUGGUGUGUUGCAGAAGUCAGUGUCCACUCAGACCGUCAGUGCACCCAAGGCACUGUUUUAUGCUGACCAGCUUGUGGGCAAAAUGCCCGAUCAGACCCAUCAGGCCGUUCUCCGAGAGUUGCAGACCAGAGAAUUGAGAUGUCCCCCAGCCGGCAACGCCCCACCCCCCGCGGCCAAAAAACUGGUCACAGGAGUCAAUUAACCACUACUAACACACAGCAGAAACACGCCCAGUUCUGGACUCUCCUGUAUAUAGAUUGUCUGGGCCUAAAUCAUGCUGCUGUUGUUAUUACCAUUGUUUUGUACAAAGAUUUUCUUUGCCCAUAUCAUGUUGUGGUUGUGGUUGUUGUUGUUUUUGUUGUUGCUGUGCAGCUGUGGGGUCACAGAGCACAAAAUGUGAGGGGAAAAUCUUCCUAUUAUGUUCAUCACUAGAUAGUCUGUGUGGGCAGCUAUUGCACUGUGCCUAUUGUGUGUCAUGUCAGUGCGGAGAGCUAUUGUACUGUACCUAUUAUGAGUCGCAUCAGUGUGGAGAACAAUUGUCCUGUACCUAUUGUGUGUGUCACAUCAUUGUGGGGAACUAUUGUUAUACUGUACCUAUUUUUUGUCACAUUGUGUUCCAUCACUGAGGGAAGCUACUGUACCAUACCUAUUGUGUGUCUCACAAAUGUAGGGAACUAUUGUACUGUUCCUAUUGUGUGUCUCAUCAGUGUGGAGAACAAUUGUCUGUACGUAUUGUGUGUUCCAUCACUGUGGGGAACUGUUGUACCAGUACUGUACCCAUAAUGUGUCUCACAAAUGUAGGGAACAAUUGUUCUGUUCCAAUUGUGUGUCUCACACUCACAAAUGUAGGGAACAUAUAUUCUGUUCUUCUCUGUGUAUCACAUCACUGUCGGAACCUAUUGUACGGUAGGUGUUGUGAAUCAUACCACAGAGGAAAGCUAUUGUACUGUCCUAUUGUGUGUCCCAUCACUGUGGGGAACAAUUGAAGGGGUGAGAUGCAAAACCCGCUAAGUGACAGUUCGGAAAAAAUAGAGAAUUUUUUGCUUAUAAAUGAACAUUGUUACCAGCUAUCAGAUGCACAAAGUGUUUUCGGCCAAAACCGAACACAUACUUUAUAAAACGCACCAAAAUAUCUUUUUACACAUGUUCAUGUGUAUAGCAGCAUUUAAAAAAGCUGAUUUUCUCAAAGUGCUAACAUUGAUGUAGCGAGUUUUGCAUCUCAGCACCUCAAUUGUACUGUACGUAUUGUGUGUCUCAUCACUGUAGGGAGCUAUUGCACAGUGCCUAUUGUGUGUCUCAUCACUGUAGGGAGCUAUUACACAGUGCCUAUUGUGAAUCAUACCACAAAGGAGAGCUAUUGUUUCUUACAUAUUAUGUGUCACAUUGUGUCUCAUCACUGAAGGAAGCUAUUCUUAUUGUGAAUCAUAUCACAGAGAAGAGGUAUUGUACUGUACCUCUACUGUGUGUCACAUCAGCGAGUCCACUAGAUUUUUUUGCCAUUUUUAUCUUUGUCCGUAUCUAUGAUGGGAGUGAAUGUUUCAUUCUAUGAUUCUAUGGGGGGAAGCACGCCUGAAAUACUAAAAUUUCUUAACUGAAAGUUUUCAUUGGGCCCAGGCUUUUUAUCAAUCAGUGAGGAAGCCAUUUUAUCAAGUAUCUCAUUUUUUCUAGUGGGAUGCUGUUUUUCAUUCAGCCCAGGUUGGCUUCAACAAACAGGGCCAAAGCAGUCUUCCUCCUAAAUGUUCUAAAUAGUGUCAACUAGGGUGUAAAAGAUGUACAACCAUUACAAAGUGUAAAAAAAAACCACCAUAUCAAUUUUUGUGACCAAUCUGGACGGAGACUCAAAGUCUCUGGGCCUGUGUGAGGCCACUGUGAAGUGCAGAAUUCCGAAGAAGAAAAUAAAAGCUUUGAUGAAAAAAAAGAG